CUCAGCCGCACCUAUACACGCUGGUGGUGUCACUAUCAGACGCGUCAGGGAAGCCGCAGCAGGUGGAGGCAGGGAGGGUGGGGGUGAGGAGGGUGGAGGUGCGGGGGAGGGAACUGCUGGUGAAUGGGCGGGCAGUGGAGGUGAAAGGAGUGAACCGACAUGAGCACCACCCGCAGACAGGGAAGGUCAACAUAGAGGAGUGCAUGGUCAAGGAUGUGGUGGAGAUGAAGCGGCACAAUGUGAAUGCAGUGCGAUGCAGCCAUUACCCCAACCACCCUCGCUGGUACGAGUUGACCGACCUGUUUGGCCUCCUUGUGAUCGAUGAAGCCAACAUCGAGACACAUGGAUUUGAUCCGGACAAUCACCUCAACCGGAAGGGGCGGCAGCCGGCCGAGGACCCCGAGUGGGCGGCAGCAAUGGGGGCGAGGGUGAUUAGGAUGUGUGAGCGGGACAAGAACCAUGCGAGCGUGGUGGUGUGGUCUCUGGGGAACGAGGCGGGGUACGGCGCAACACACGAUACCAUGGCAGCAUGGUUGCGUCACAGGGACCCAUCUCGACCCAUACACUACGAGGGGGGAGGCUCCCGCACCCUGGCAACAGACCUAGUGUGUCCCAUGUACAUGCGGGUGAAUGACAUCCUGGCGAUUGCUGCUGACCCCAACGAGACCCGCCCUCUCAUCCUCUGCGAGUACGCCCACGCCAUGGGCAACAGCAGUGGCAAUCUGGACGCCUAUUGGGAUGCCAUAGAGUCGACCCACGGUCUGCAGGGAGGCUUCAUCUGGGACUGGGUGGAUCAGGGCCUUUGGAAGGCCUUGCCAGCACGGAGCAGUGUUGUCACCAGUUCGAUUAACUGCAGCAAGGAUGCGUCUUCUUCACUCAGAGCAGAAUUGCUGGCAGAGACAGAAGCUGGAGCGUCAGGGGAAGGUGGGGCAUCUAACUUGGAUUCAAACCCUGCUGAGUCAGCAGUUGAGCCGCCAGCUGGGCCUCCAGCUGAGUCAGCAGCUGAGUCAGCAGCUGAGCCAGCGCAGGAAGGAGAGGCAGUAGGAGAAGGAGAUGCAGCAACAGCCGAAGAAGCAGCAGCUGACGUAGCAGCAGCAUCAGCGGCAGCAACACCUGCACCAGCAUUAGCAUCACCACAAGCAACACUAGCAUCAGCAGCAACAACCAGCCACGGCAGCAAGGAGACAGAGCAGCAGCAGCAGCAGCCAUGGGAGCAGGUGGAGCUGCCUGCAAAGCAUCCUGGAAGGUUCUGGGCGUAUGGUGGUGACUUUGGGGAUACCCCCAAUGAUCUCAACUUCUGCAUCAACGGCCUGAUAUGGCCGGAUAGGACCCCGCACCCUGCCAUGCGAGAGCUGGCCCAUGUGUACCGCUACUUUGGCUUCAAGUGGACGGAACAAGGCGACAUAGAGAUUUUCAACAAGAGCUUCUACCAGCCCUCCUCUGCCUUCUCCUUCUCCUUCUCUCUCUUCUCCCUCCCUCCUCCUCCUCAACCCAUCUCCACCCUCCCCCCUUCUCCUCCCACUCCCAUCCUCUCCUCUCCCCUCACCGUCCCCACCAUCCUGCCACGUCAGCACCAUGUCAUCCCCAACCCCAUCCCUGCUGACCUGGACUGGGCAGCGCAUGAUGUCAGCACUGACUCAGAGCUCUUUGCAUUGUUCACUGCUACAGUGAAUGAGAGAACAAGGUGGUGCGCUACCGGGCAGGUCGUUGCAUCUGUUCAGCUGCCCGUAAACCUGCCCGAAGGAACUAUCUCCUCAGCCAAGCCUUCUGCCCUCGAGCCUCCCACCAAGCCUGCCAUCUCCCAACCUGCACUCUCCGAGCCUGCACCCAUCCACCAAUCAUCUGUAAUCGUCACAUCUACCGAUGGUUCUUUCGCAAUCACUGUUCACGUCCAGGACGGCGGCGCUCUUUCCUGGAAGAUCAACGGUUCAGAUGUCCUGCUCCCUCCAGCGCUUUCCUCCCCCUGCCUGAGCGUGUGGCGGGCGCCCACUGACAACGACAAGGGAGGGGCGGACGCCAGCUAUGCCGCUAGGUGGAAGGCAGCAGGGCUCAGCAGACUCGCUGCUGCUGACGCUGGGGGGGUGAUUGCCGUGGCGGGGGAUGCUACUGUGGUUUCUGUAGGGGGGGAUGAGGGAAAGGGGAAGGACGAAAAGGGGAAGAUAAGUGAAAGGAAGGAAGAGGGGAAGGAAGCAGAGGGGAAAGGUGAAGAGGGGCAGCAAGCAGAGGGGGAUGAUGAGCCCUUGAGAGUUGAGAUCGGAAGGGACGGUAUGGUCUCCGUGGUUGUCCAGGCAACUUUCCGACCCCGGGCAGAUGAAAUUUCGGAGGAGGAAGCUGUCGAAGUUGGUUCUGCUCCAACCAAUCUGGUUGAAGCUUAUGGAGGAGGGGCAGAUGGAGAAGGUUCUGCCAGCAUCGGACAGGCCAAAAAUAUUUCAGAUGUGGACUGCUGGAUCCGGCUCAAAUCAGAGUGGCAGAUCCAUGGCAACGGGCAGGUCUUGGUGAAAUUUUGGGUGGACCCAAGCCCUUCUCUCCCGCCUCUUGCACGCGUUGGAAUGCGGUUCCAGGCAGCAAAGAAACUUUCCAACGCAGUCUGGUCAGGGCGGGGCCCGCAUGAAUGUUAUCCUGACCGGAAGCAGUCUGCACAUGUGGCGCUCCACUAUUUGCCUGUGGAAUCUCUCCAUGUGCCGUACAUUGCCCCGGAGAGAAUGGGGCGAGAAUAGAUGCGCGUUGGGUCACACUCUUUACAGGAACACAGAGCGGAGCACAGGGGGGAGCACAGGGGGGAUCACCAGCACUGGACGGACUUUUAGGGCUUGUGAUGGAGCCAGUGGAGAUAGGUGGAGGGGGAGGGGGAGGGGGUGGGGAGGGGGUAGAGGAGGCACAGAGGAGGGCAGUGAGGCCGGGCAGCCGCUGCUGCAUUUCAGUGCGAGUGGGUAUUGUGCGGAGGAGCUUCAUCGAGCACAGCACGAGGAGGAGCUGGUGGAAGAUGAGGAGUUCAACCAUGUGCACCUGGACCAUGCCAUUAUGGGCGUGGGUGGCGACGACAGCUGGACUCCAUCGGUGCACAAAGAGUUCCUUCUGCCGCCCUGUCCGUAUGCAUUUGGGGUGGCGUUCAGGCCCCUCAUGGGUUAGGAGAAGUGAGGAUGCUUCAGACGUUAAUAGAGACAGCUGUACUCCAUCGGUGGACGAAGGGUUCCUUCUGCUGCCCCGUCUGUACGCAUUUGGGGUGGUGUUCAGGCCCCUAAUGCAUGAGAAGAAGUGAUGUGCAGUGCUGAUUUGGUGUGGGAACACGGCAUCAAAACUUUUUCAAGCUUGCGCAAAACCAUACACACCA